AUUGUUCCACCGAUAUUUUAUGGGUGAAGUGAACGCUAUUGCAAUGGCUCUCAAUGAUCACGAGUUUUAGAUACGAUACAAAGGGAUUGUACCCACAGAACAUACCUUAAGAUAGUAAGUUCUGUGGAACGUAUCCAUCACCUGUCACCACUAUUGUCACAUUUCUUGAAUGAAAAAGAAAUUCGUUGGUUUAUGUUAAUCAUUGAAAAAUUCAAAUCAUUCAAACAUUCUUCAGGCUUCAUUAUAGCGGAAAAAUGAGUGAAUUUCAAACAUUAAAUACCGAUUCAGAAAGGGAAAGACAACAGAGCGAGAGUAGUGACACAGAAUAUGAUCCUCAAUUUAAACCUAUUAUCAGUUUGCCAGAAGUAGAAAUUUCCACGAACGAGGAAAAUGAAAUCGAAUUACUAAACAUACGAGCUAAGCUGUACCGAUAUGAUACUUCCGAGCCAAGUGGUGAAUGGAAAGAAAGGGGAACGGGAGAACUGAAACUACUACAACAUAAAGAAACACACACAGUGCGUGUUGUAAUGCGUAGAGACAAAACUUUGAAAGUUUGUGCCAAUCAUUUCAUCACUCCAUGGAUGGUAUUGAAACCUAGCAAAGGUAGCGAUAAGGCAUUUGUUUAUACAGUAAUGGUUGAUUUUGCUGAUGAAAAACCAACUUCUGAAUGUUUAGCUAUUAAGUUUGGAACAGUUGAUAAUGCAAAUUUAUUCAAAGAGAAGUUUGAAGAAGCUAAAAAAAUUGUAGAAACCCAAUGUGAGCUGUACAAUUCUCAAAAUAAUCAAGAAUCGGAAGAAAAUAAUUCUUCAUUAGUAAAUAGUGCUGACGAAAGUAAAAAUAAUGAGUCUGAUGAAAAAGAAUGUGCGGACUUGACAAAACAAAUAGGUGAAUUGGAUGUGAAAAAUAAAGAGGAAAAGUAAAUUUUUUGAUAGGCAUUUUAGAUUAAUUCACACUCCAAUCCAUGUUUCUAUUUUUGACAGUUAAUUGAUAAUAUUAAAUUUUUUUAUUUAAAUAAUUUCCAUUCUGACGCUCAUUUAACAGAAUACCAUUUAAUUUUACCUCAAAGUAUACUUGUGUAAAUAGUUAUUCAUAUCAUUCAUUUUGAUGAAUUGUUAUAUAUGAAAUAUGCAUGAUAAACUUUGACAGAUAUUAAAAUAUUUAUACUUUAUAAUCAUUCACAUAUUAGGACUGUUUUUGGCUUAUAUUUCAUAUUUAUUCAAUUAUAUUAUGGCAGAAACAAAUCAGGUUUACUCAAAUUAUGCUAAUAACCACUUUCACACCAAAGUAUACUUGAGUAAAUAAUCUCUAUUUUACUUAUUUUGAUAAAUUCUCUGAUAAUAAACCUAAAUGAAAUUAAAAUAUUUGAAAGUUUGUAAUGAAUAUUGGAUUUCAAACACUUUCAAUUGAAAUAUUGACGAAAGAAAAUCAUAAUAUAUCGACAGCUUAAAUCGCAAAUGGGUUAUCUCCAAAAACGUAAAUUAUUUAAUGGAGAGAAAAAACUCCCCUAAAAAUGAUGACAACGUCUAUGUUUUUCCUCCAAGUUAUUAACACACAAAAAAUGCAAAAAAAUACAUUUUAAUAAAAAAAUCGCCAGUUAGGCACUUUGCGCUCUUAAAAUAUAUAACCAAAAGGAGGUAGACAAUAACUUUUUUAACUUAAAAAGUUAGUAGAAGUAGAACAUUUUCAACUUAAAACUAAAGUAGAACAAUAAAUAACACAUUAUGAAAAAAAUAUUAACUAAUAGGCACCUAUUUAACUAAUAUAGCAAAAAAGAACUACAAAUUAGGAAACAAACUAAUUAGGUACUAUGAAUGUGGUAGAUUAUCAUAAAAGAAAAGGAAAUCUCUAGGGAUUGAUGAUUUAAGAUCCAUUAAAUUUUGAAAUUUUUUCUUUUUAUCGGGAUUGGGUUGGGUUGCAUGGUAACUCAUAAAAAUUCUAAGUUUUUUGGUCCUUUUUUGACAAUCUACAAGGCAAUGUUGCCCAAUUAUCUGAAUGUUUUAGCUUAAAACUAAUUCCAUCCUUCCUAUAUUGCAACGCUCUGAUAUUCAUGACAGUUGGAUCACCAGCCAAUUUGCCUGGACGUAUAGAAGUUAUGGCUUGAACACUUUGAAAAUUUUUAUUAUAGGUAUGCUCUAGAUACUCUACUUUGUAUGGUCUUGGAUUUAUAAGUGCUGCGCUGUCUCACAAAUAUUGACAUAAUCUGCUGGAACAUUUAUUACCCUGUUUUUAACUUUUCUUUGGAUGGUGGAGUGCAUUGAAUCUCACUCCAUCUGUGUAUGGCCCUUUUCUAAAUAUUUUUAUUCUAUAAUUAUUUUAUUUUCUUUGGCAAGAUUAAAAAGCGCGUAGAAAGGAGGACAUUCCGGUUCUGGCCCGUACAUCCAUAGCUAAACAAAACAAUUUUCUCAAAAGAUUCUUUUUGGGGUAUAACUUGUAAGGAACUUAUAAAUAAUGGAUGCAAAAGUAUUCGCUGUUAGUCCGGCUUGUCCUUCAUGCCAGAUAAAACGAAAGCUGUCCAAUGUGUUAAUGUCCAUAAUUGUAAAAUUAUGAACAAUUAACUUGGUUUUGUAGUAUAAGGCACUGACAUUAGAUUUUGGAGAUAAAAGAACUGACUGUAGAUUCAUCUCAAAUACCUUAACAUUUUCUCUUUUUUGUCAUCAUCUUCUUCCUUUCGUGCCUCUGCUUUUUUAUAGCGAUGCUCUCGAUAGGUAGCUUCAUCAGUAUUACCUGUUUCGUAUGCUACACACACGUCGCACUUGUCUUUUUUAGUCUUAUAAACAGACAAAUUCAUAUCAUUAAGAUCUAAAGUACUUAAGAUCUAAACUACUAUUUUCUUUUGUACUGUAAACUCCAUUUUCAACAGUUGGUGCUUUUAUGUCUAUUUCAGGGGGAUUCAUUCUGAAAUAAAUAGGUUUUAUUUAGGACUUGCAUAGACAAAAAAGAACGAAAAUGUAAAACACUGUAAAGUAGGUACCUAUAGGUAUAAGUUGGUAAUGAAUAUUCGAUACAUUUUGUGCAUUAUAAGUAGAUACCUAUUAAACUCUUUGAACCGGACAACUUUUUUGUUGGUAGCAGUCUGUUUAUUCACAAUAGAAUUUACUUAGAGUGAGACAGUCAGUAAAAAUGACAGUCAAGAACGAGGUGUGUGGGCCCAUAACUCCAUUUUUACGCUGAUUAUUUCCCUCGUGUUCUGUCAAACAAAAACGGAUUUCAAUUUAAGCAUUUACUUACCUACUUUUAACAAUUGCAACAACUGCAGUUUAUUUUAUAAAAAAACGGGUGAAUAACUCUUAAAUUAUUGUUGAUGUUAAGUUUAUAAUACAUGUCCUAUUUAAUUUUGAGCAGAAGUGUUUUUUCAUACUUAAUACCCAGCUUAAUAUUUUUUAUUUUUAGACAUUUAAAGCUAAGAUAAUUUGAUAGAAACUUAAUUUAUAAUAAAAUAUUGGCAAAAAACAGAGAAGCAUAUAUUAGGAAAAUAGCCUAUCUCCUAGUCAAUAUAAAUAGAAAAUGGCAUAACUUCAAUGCAUUAUUUUAAAAUGAAAUGGAGCCGCUAAAAACCAAAACUACAGCAAUAAAUAUUUAUUUUUUAGGUGUCUUUGCUAUUUAACUUAAUAAUAUUAAAAAACAUUUAUUAAUACUUAAACUAUAAAUUUCGCGCUUUUUAACGGAGGCCAAAAAUAAGGAGUUAGGCCAAUCGCUUAUUUAUUCUAGAAUGCAGAGGAGAUCCGCGACUUGCAAUUUUUGGCGGGAAUUUCGACAUUUCAGUUAUUAGGCGUUAUUUAGUCGAUGCGCCUGGUAAUGUGGAAUGUAAACCGCAUAAAAAGUUAUUUUAGGCCAUUUGCGAUUUAAGCCGACGAUAAUUUUUUUAUUUUCAUAUAUUUCAGCAAACAUAUUUGAAAGAUUAUUAUUGACUGCUUAAUUCACGAACAAAGAGCUUUAGGUAUAUUAUAUACUCAAACAUUUACUAAAAUGCCUACAUUAUUUGUAGAUAUAUAAAUGUAUGUGUGUGUGUGUUAACCAUUGUAUGUUGAGUAAUAUGACAAAUGUCACAUUUUCCUUUAUAGUUAGUAAGGUUAUUGAAGCAUGGUUAUGAAUGAUUUUUCGAAUGUUGCAUUUCGUUGUAAGCAUUCCCUGAAAGAUUAUACAGAAUUCUAUUUUUGUAAUUGCACUUAUUUGCGAUUGUAAUAUUAAAUUUUAUUACAUAAUAUCAAUCUAAA